AUGGCCGCUCUGUUUACCGUUCCGAUCGCCUCGACCGGAGGCUCUAUCGUCUGCACCAACCCGACAGCUGGUCAGAGCGAGCAGCAGAACAUCUACGUGCUUACAUUUACCUCGCCCAAAGACAACCGGUUAACGCCCACAUUCAUUGACGCGCUCAUUCUUGCACUGGACAUUAUCGAGCACCGAUACCCGAAGGGCGUUGUUGUUACCACGAGCGGAAUUGCCAAGUUUUACAGCAAUGGUCUGGAUCUGGAUCUCGCCAUGAGCACAGAGGGUUUCCUUGACCAGUGGCUCUGGAAGCUAUUCCGCCGCUUCCUCACAUACCCCAUGCCAACAGUGUGUUUGCUGAAUGGCCACGCUUUUGCAGGCGGCUUCAUGCUCGCCAUGUACCACGACUACCGUAUCCAGAACCCUGACAAGGGUUUCCUCUGUGUCAACGAGUUGGAGUUCGGAGUGCCCCUCCAGACACCUAUGAUGUCUAUCUUCCGGGAGAAGCUCCCUGCAGCCACCUUCCGAAAUGUGGUUCUGGAGGCGCAUCGGUUUGGUGGCAAGGCUUCGCUGCAGGCGGGCAUUGUUGAUGGAUUGGGUGGACUCGAGGAGGCUGUUGCGCUGAUUCGCAGCCGUAAGCUGUUGAACAAGGCUGAAACGGGGAUUUACGGUACAAUGAAGGAGGAGAUGUAUGCGCGGGUGCUUAACGGCCUUGAUGACCACGUGGGCAACCUUGAAUGGCGUGAGAAGGUGGAACAGAAGAAAGAGCAGCUGCAAAGCAAGUCCUUGCAAAAUGUGGAGGACUUUGAGAAAGGGAGCAAGGCGAAGCUUUGA